AAGUUUUUUUUGCAGGCGAGGCAGUCAGGUGUGCCUGAGUUUAACCCUUUCUAUGCUGCCUACUUAGAAUUCGUCAUAUAAGUGUAAGGCAGCUGCCCGCUGCAUAUUCACAUCGCCACAACUAUAGACCGGCCGGGGCAUGAUUCGGACGGAACUCGCAGAUCGGCCUGGCACAAUCUCAACCUUAUUCUCCCCGUGGUGAGGUGGGGAAAGAGGAAAGAACACAGGUAUCAACCUCACGGAUUUGCACCAUGUCCAGAUUCUGGCCUAUGGCUCGAGGCCCGGAGUGAGACCCUAAGUGAUUACCAACUCUAGCACCGCCUGUCUCGGCCCUGGGAUAUGUAAUUUGACUUCCUUUCCCUUCCACCCGUCUCCCGCCUUCUCCGGCAACCUCCACCCAAGCAUUUCCUCGGACCAUCACGGAACCAACGGGCACACACUCACUCGGCUCAAGGGCCCCCCCCAGCAACGACGAACCCGCACCAUGGACAACCCGGAAUGCCUGAUCUGCACCGCUACCCCCAGGCCCGGCCGGAGGCUGGCCAGACUCGAAUGCUCGCACUACCACUGCCACAGCUGCCUAGCCCGGUACCUGGACAUUUCCACCAAGUCCGUUCCCUUCCAGCCGGUCCGCUGCUGCGACCUCGUCCCGAUGACCGUGCUCCGGAACGUCUCCGCCGGCAGCGGUGGCGGCGGCGGCGGCGGGCGCAACCACACGGACGCCCUCCGACGGUACCGGGCUCUGCUGUCCGAGUACCAGACGAACGACAAGCUGUACUGCCACGCGCCGGCGUGCCGGGCCUUCAUCCCGCUGGCGCUGCGCUCGGGGAGGUCGGCGAGGUGCCGCGAGUGCGGCGCCAAGACGUGCCGGGGGUGCGGCGGCAAGCUGCACUUCGGCCGGCCCUGCCCCGCGGACUCGUCCCACCUGGACGCCGGGGUGAUCCGGCUGGCCGCCGAGAUGGGGUGGAAGAACUGCCCGAAAUGCCGGGCCGUCGUGGAGAAGGCCGGCGGGUGUAAUCAUAUAAGGUCAGUUCCGGAGAAUUGGGUUCCCCUUUAUUGAGGCGCGCCUCUCCCUAUUUGGAGAACUGGACCGGCUGAUGGGCUCGAAUAGCUGCAGGUGUGGUUGCGAAUUCUGCUAUCGAUGUGGUGCAGCUCCGUAUUUUGGUCACAGCGGUUGUGCUAUGUGAAGUCUGGGUGGGAUCAGCGCCGUCCCGCCAUGGAGCAGAGUCGGUGCCUGGUAGGCGAACGCUGAUGAAUUAUACGAAAUAAUAAACGACGACGACGAACAACGAGCGAUCCGAGGUGGCUAUUAUGAGAUAUCCUUCCACCAGCGAUAUAUUUUGGCUAGAGUUUUAGAGAUUUGGUACAUUGCGCGGCUCUCAGCUUGAGAUGGGCAGCAUAGAGUGUCUGGAGGAACAGCUGUGAACUGGAACGAAGCUCACGAGAG